AUGAGCGCCGACGUUCUUGCUGGCGUUAAGCCGGCCCCGACUAGUGAUGUUGAAACAGCGGCGGUGCUACAGAGGAAUCACGAUGGAGAUCUCGUUACAGCCACCGAAGAGGAGAAUCUUCAGCGCGGCUUGCAUGAAAGGCAUUUGUCUAUGCUUGGUAUCGCCGGCGCCAUUGGAACAGGUCUGUUCCUCGGUCUGGGCCAGUCUGUGCAAACCGGCGGUCCUUUGGGCGCGCUGCUUGGUUAUGCCACCGUCGGUCUCGUAGUGUGCGCCGUCCAAUUCGCCCUGGGAGAAGUCGCUGCGCUACUACCGGUUACAGGAGCCUUUGUGCGACACGCUGAAUUUCUGGUUGACCCGGCUUGGGGCUUUGCGAUCGGAUUAAUAUUGGUUUACGGCAACAUCCUAUCAAUACCUUCUGAGAUCACGGCCAUUUGUGUCUUGUUCGAGUUCUGGACCGAUAUCAACCCAUCAGUAUGGAUCAUCAUCUUCAUCGUUCUGACGACAGUUGUGGGGCUCUGUUUUGUGCGCGUCUUUGGAGAGGUUGAGUUCUGGUUCGCUCUCCUCAAGAUCCUUCUCGUUGUGUUCCUCAUCAUCCUGGGCCUGGUCAUCAACUUGGGCGGUAUCCCGGGAACAGAGCGCAUUGGCUUUAGGUAUUGGAAGAAUCCUGGACCUUUCGUUGAGUACAUCGCCAGUGGUAACUGGGGCAAAUUCCUUGGAUACUGGUCUGUCAUGACCAGCGCUGUCUUCUCCUUUGCAGGAGUAGAGUCCAUCGCCAUGGCAGCUGCAGAGACACGAAACCCGCAGCGAGCGAUCCCCAAGGCAUGCAAGAAUGUAUUUAUCCGAAUUCUUGUCUUCUACAUCCUGGCCAUCCUCAUCGUCGGCAUGUUGGUCCGCAGUGACGACGAAAGACUCAACGAUCAAUCAGGAGCUGCGGGACAAAGCCCUUUCGUUAUAGCAGCUUCUGCAGCUGGCAUUCGAGCCAUACCGUCAGUGGUCAACGCUGUUGUUAUCACGUCUGCAUGGUCCGCUUCAAACCAGAGUCUUCUAGCCGGCACUCGUGUCCUGUAUGGCCUGGCCCUCAAGCGACAAGCGCCCCAGAUCUUUCUCAGAACGAACUCGUGGGGCGUGCCCUAUGUUUGUGUCCUUUUCUUCACCUGCUUCAUGUUCCUUAGCUUCAUGAGCUUAUCCAACGGAGCCAUGACUGUGUUCUGGUGGUUGGUUAACUUGACUGCGGCUGGGGUUUUGGUCUCUUGGUCAUCGAUCUUGUUGAAUCACAUUCGACUGAGGCUCGCCAUGAAGAAACAAGGUAUCCCGAUCGAAAGGCUACCCUGGCACAACUCCUGGACCUUCUACUCUUCAUGCGUGGGAUUAUUUAUGACAUUGCUCAUAUUGUUCACCGGUGGGUUCAGGGUCUUUACCAAGGGCAACUGGGACCCUGUUGGCUUUGUGUCUUCGUAUUUGGUCAUUCCUCUCGUUAUUGCAGCAUACUUGAUCUGGAAGUUUGUCAAGAAGACAAAGGUUGUGUCAUUGUCAGAUAUCCCCCUGCAUGAUGCAUUUAAGAAGUCCGAGGAAGACCACGAGGUGGUAUCCUAA